CUCAGCAAACUGUUAAAACUUACCCACCUCGAUCUGAGCAUGAACCACUUCACUACGAUUCCUCUGGCUGUGUUGAAUAUGCCUGCCCUGGAGUGGCUGGAUAUGGGAAGUAACAGUCUCCAACAACUUCCUGACUCCAUAGAAAGAAUAUUUUCAUCUAUUCCAAAUAUGUAAAAGGAUUUUAGGAGUGGAAAACUGACUGAUUUCAUGACAUUAACAAGAAAAUACCACAGUAACAACUCCCCUUAAGUGCAUGCCAAACACUUCUCUGUACUUCACAAGAGGAUGAAGAAACUGAUGCGCAGAAAUGUUACCUAACUUGCCCAAGGUCAUGCAGUGAGCUGCUCAUUGACUGGGUUUGAACCUAGAAAUCCACGCCUUAGUCACACACUGUUAACCAGUAGGUGUGGUGCCUUGCCCAGAUGGGCAUAUUAAUAAUUCCUCUCUCUCUCU